UCAAACUACACAUGCCUGCGGCAUGCCUGGUGUUGCAGCACGCUGCGGCGAGGUCACUUGCGAGUUUUGCUUCAUUAGAAAAUGUUCCCGGAGAACAAAAACAUUGAGAAACCCAACCCUCUGGCAAAUGCGGGAUUUUUUUCACAGCUUUUUGUAUGUUGGGUGAGUCCUUUGCUACACCUCGGACACAAGCACCGACUGAAGGAGCGUGACCUCUACACAAUUCUUCCUGAAGAUGAAUCGGAAGUACUGGGACAAGACCUCCAGAGGUUCUGGGAUCUUGAAGUUAAAAAGGCUACAAAACAACUACGCAAGCCCAAAUUGGCCAAAGUCCUUAUUAAAUGCUACGGGAAGUCCUACGCCGUCGCGGGAAUCUUUGCCUUUUCCUUGGAGGCCAUUAAAGUCAUCCAGCCACUUCUUCUCGGUAGAAUAAUAAUGUUCUUUGAGAAUUAUAAUGCAGAGGACCAGAGCAGUCUUUGCAUGGCCUACCUCUGCGCGGGUGCCAUGUGUCUCUCCACCUUUGGUUUGACGAUCCUCCAGCAUCUCUACUACUAUUUUGUCCAAAGAAUCGGAAUGAAGAUGAGGGUGGCCUUGUGUCAUGUAAUAUACUGCAAGGCUCUUCGUCUCAGCAGUCAAGCAAUGGGACAAACUACCACAGGCCAAAUUGUAAACCUCCUUUCAAAUGACAUCAACCGUUUCGAUGAGAUUACGCUGAAUCUGCACUACUUGUGGGUGGGACCGCUACAAGCAAUUGUGGUCAUCACUUUCCUCUGGUACGAGAUUGGUCCCUCAUGUCUCGCAGGGGUGGCUGUCCUCCUUCUCAUGUUGCCUGUGCAAACAUGGUUUGGAAAGCUUUUUGGAAUCUUCAGGAGCAAAACAGCGGUCCUAACCGACAGUCGAAUCCGCAUCAUGAACGAAGUGGUGUCUGGCAUCCGAAUCAUCAAGAUGUAUGCUUGGGAAGCCCCCUUCUCAGCUCUAGUCACAGAGUCCAGAAGAAAGGAAAUAAACCAGAUCAUGAAGAGCUCCUACCUGCGAGGACUCAAUAUGGCGUCGUUCUUCGCCAGCAGUAAGAUCGUGGUGUUUGUCACCUUUGUGGCGUACGUGCUGCUGGGCAACGGCAUCAGCGCCAGCCGAGUCUUCGUCACUGUUUCCCUGUACGGAACCAUCAAGCUCACCGUAACGCUGUUCUUCCCGCUGGCUGUGGAAAAACUGUCUGAGACCAUUGUCAGUAUUCACAGGAUCAAGAAUUUUCUCCUGCUGGAUGAAAUGAACAGACGGAAGUUGACACUGGAGGAAAAGAACCCAAACACCGUCGAGAUGACGAAGUUGACAUGCUACUGGGAUAAGCAUCUGGAUUCACCGUCUCUGCAGAACAUCUCCCUCACGGUGGAGUCGCAUCAGCUCCUGGCUGUGAUCGGACCAGUGGGGUCUGGGAAGUCUUCACUGCUAAGUGCCAUCUUGGGCGAGUUGUCCCACGACAAUGGAACCAUGACGGUGAGAGGUCGACUGAGCUACGCAUCCCAACAGCCUUGGGUUUUCCCGGGGACCAUUCGCAGUAACAUCCUGUUCGGGAGAAGCCUGGAUCCCAUGAAGUAUGAGCGCGUGCUGAAGGCCUGCGCUCUAAAGAAGGACCUGCAGCUGCUCCCGGAUGGAGACCUGAGCCUAAUUGGAGACAAGGGAGGCACCCUCAGCGGGGGCCAGAAGGCUCGCAUCAAUCUGGCCAGAGCGGUGUAUGAGGAAGCAGAUAUCUACCUAUUAGAUGAUCCUCUGAGUGCUGUGGAUGCCGAAGUUGGAAAAUAUCUCUUUGAAGCGUGCAUCUGUGGCCUGCUGAAGAACAAGUGUCGCAUCCUGGUUACUCACCAGCUUCACAAUCUGUGGACAGUUGAUCAGAUAGUGGUGAUCAGAGAGGGUCGUAUCAUGGCCAAGGGAACCUACAGCGAGUUGCAGAGCUCCGGCCUUGAUGUCGGCUUGCUGCUCAAAACCCAGGAAGAGCAGGAAUAUCCAUAUCUGUCAGCCAACUGUGACAAGGAGUCACUCUCGAGCAGGAGAACAAAUCACUCGAACAGUUCACUCUACGCGCACGGCACCCUCCUGCCACCGGAGGGCAGUGCCCCUGACCUGCUUCCUGUUGAGAGUGCACAUGCUGCUGAAGAGGAGUCUCGUGCUGAAGGAAAUGUCAGGCGGGAUGUUUAUGUCAAGUACUUUACCGCCCACUGUCACCCUCUGAUCUUAUUGGCUAUUCUGGUGCUCAGUGUCAUCGCUGAGGCUGCAUACAUUCUGCAGGACUGGUGGCUGGUCUUCUGGGCCAAAGAUGGGCUCAAUAACACCGACACAGUUGUGACUGUUGCAAAAAGCACCAAUGAGAGUGGCUUACACCAAGGCAACAUUCUGCCAUUUUAUCUCGGCAUUUAUUCUGGUUUGACUGCAGCCGCCGUGAUUUUGGGUUAUGCCAGGAGCUUAGUGAUCUUCCACGGGUUAGUGAGAUCCACUCAGACGUUGCACAACCGCAUGUUCAAGGCUGUCCUCCGCACCCCAGUCCACUUCUUUGACGUCAACCCCAUAGGAAGAAUCCUCAACCGCUUUUCCAAAGAUAUCAGCCAGAUGGACUCCAUGUUACCACUCACCUUUGUUGACUUCUAUCAACUUUUUUUGCAGAACUUGGGCGUUCUGGCUGUGGCAGCUUCCAUCAUCCCUCUCCUCCUGGUCUCCCUUGCCCCCCUGCUCUUCACCUUCCUCUACCUGCGGCGUUACUAUCUUUCCACGUCACGGGAUAUCAAACGUCUGGAGUCCACAACACGCAGUCCAGUCUUCUCCCAUCUUUCAUCAUCCCUCCAGGGUCUGUGCAGCAUUCGAGCACUCGGAGGAGAGGAGAGGUUGACAAAAGCCUUUGACUCACACCAGGACCGACACUCAGAAGCAUGGUUUCUCUUCCUGAUGACAUCCCGCUGGUUUGCCCUGCGACUGGACAGCAUCUGCUCCGUCUUCAUCACCAUAGCAACGUUUGGGUGCAUUUUACUCCGAGAUGGCUUGGAGGCCGGCGAAGUGGGCCUUGUGCUGACAUACGCUGUGACGCUGGUUGGAAACUUCCAGUGGACCGUGAGGCAAAGUGCAGAGUUAGAGAACAUGAUGACAUCAGUAGAGAGGGUGGUGGAGUACACUGAGUUAAAGAGUGAAGCCCGCUGGGUAACCCGCACGCGGCCUCCUCUCGAUUGGCCCAGCCGAGGCCAGGUUACCUUUGACCGGGUGCAUUUGUCGUAUAGCGUCGACAGCCCUCUUAUUCUCAAGGACAUCAACGCCAUCUUCUGCCCUAACGAGAAGGUGGGCGUUGUGGGUCGGACAGGAGCCGGGAAAAGCUCUUUGGUGGCGGCGCUCUUUCGCCUGGCGGAGCCACAAGGGAACAUCUACAUUGAUGGCGUGUUGACCUCUGAGUUGGGCUUGCACGACUUGCGACAAAAGAUGUCCAUCAUACCUCAGGACCCGGUGCUUUUUACUGAUACUGUGAGGAAGAACCUGGAUCCCUUUAACCAGCAUACAGAUGGUGACCUGUGGAAGGCUCUGGAGCAGGUCCAGCUAAAGUGCAUGGUGGAAGAACUUCCCACAAAGUUGGAGACGGUUCUGGCUGAGUGUGGCUGCAACUUCAGCGUAGGUCAGAGGCAGCUGGUGUGCCUGGCCAGAGCCAUCCUGAGGAAAAACCGUAUUCUCGUCAUUGACGAGGCCACCGCCAAUGUGGACCCCAGGACCGACGAGCUGAUCCAACUAACUAUCCGACGAGAGUUCAAGGACUGCACCGUGUUCACCAUUGCUCACCGACUCAACACCAUCAUCGACAGCGACCGCAUCUUGGUGCUGGAUGAGGGUAGAAUACAAGAGUUGGAUCGCCCUUUUCAACUUCUUCAGAACAAAGAUGGUGCUCUGUACAGGUUGGUACAGCAGUUGGGCCCAGCUGAGGCUGAAGCUUUGUUGGAGGCAGCUAAACAGGCAACAAAGACGACCUGACUGGGCAAAGCUGAGGGAACAGCAAUCAGUCAAAAUUGCUGAUGCAAGCAGAAACACUGAAUGAAGUUUGUUGGGGUUUAAGGACAUUCAAGAGGUGAUCUUUAAAAUCCAGAGGGUCUCUUUUUUUUUUUAGGUGAAAAUGUUUGAAAAUGUCACUUUGGGGUCAAUUUCUCUGUUAUAUUACGUAGCUUGUUCCAAGGUUUGAACAAAUAUCACUCGAUCUAGAUAAAUGGAACAGAUGUUUAAAGGACAAUCACAACAGCAAGAAAUAAUAAUCAUUAGCUCUUAAAUUGUGUUAAACAAACCUUGUUUGAUACAUGUUGAUUGAUCGAUUGUAUCUAAAGUGCAUAAAACCUGGUGCACUGGUUUAGCUUGCACUUGUACUUAAAAUGAAGACAAGCCUUGCUGUCAAGCUCUGCAUUUUCCUUUACAAUCUGCAACAUGUAAGAGCUGUCCAUGACCUGGACUACUGAGAAUCUACACUGAAAUAUCACCUUGAACCUUUGGAAGGACCCCCAGUGUGAAAAAUGUCAGGGAACCGUGCAGACAAGAAACCACAGAUGAGAUGCGAACCGAACAGACUAAUAUCUUACCUAACAAGUCCUCAAAGCAGUGAAUAAACGUCACUGUUGGCACACUUACAGCAACUGAGGUGGAGAAGAGAUACUACUCCAACAAGAAGAGUGAGCAGCGAAAAGCAUGAACACUCCCAGCGGUAGGCCCUAAUCAACUGUGAUGACAAUCACAGUCCCAGAACAAGAUGACUUCCUUGCAGUAAACCAAAGAAACGACACAUAAAGAACAUUUCUAUUGCUUGGAUUAAUGGCACAGAGCUGAUUACCCAAAUGUAUUGCAACCAAAUAUUUGAUACCGUCCAUACCUUUGAGGAAAGGCCGAUGAUGGAGAUUUGACUCCCAGUCCAUCCCAAGUCAGUGACUUUCUGCCACCGGAACUACCCUGGCAAUUUAUUGUUUACAAACCUUCUGUUGGUCAAACCAUUAACUUCCGCGUCUCAUUCCUUUUCUAUUUUUUUUGGGGGGGGUAUUAAAUGGGUGUCAGUUUUUGAAAUGGCCAAACUUUUGAUGAAUUUCUUUGAAACCAACCUCCAUCUCAAAACUGACCAAUUGCUUAAUUGUCUGGAUUGGCAGUCGUUCAUGUCAACUCAAUGCAUUGAUGGUGACUGGUAUAGAUGACUGACUGUUGGUGGGGGGAGGUCCCUGGUAGCAUUCCUCCCUGCAGUAGCAACAACACACAUAGUUUGAGGUUACCGGCUCAUAGACUUUAAGGCAGAUUUGCUAACCACAUACUUCACCACAGCACAUACGUCAACCACGCCAGGAAAUUUGCAGACAGUCCCUCACCUGACAAAAAUCCAACGUCAUGUGGACUGUAGCCACCAUACGGAAGACAAAUAUUGACA